CUAGCAAUUGAUUACUUUUUUUUUUGGACGCACCUGCGUGCUUCAGCCACAUUUUUGGCCUAAAACAAUUUUUGGCCCAAAACAAUGGAGGCCCUAGUGAAUUAUAGUAGUGAGGACGACCAGGAGGACGGUUGCAAAAUUCCCCUAGGCACCACAACAACUGCAGCAUUUGCCGCAUGCUAAAUCCACGAAAACAACAACAACUGCUAGCUUCCUAAAGCAGAAGAACAACAAUAACAAUGGUAGUGGCAAUAGUCCGCGCGGCAAGGAAAGAGAGCGCGAGCGGGAGAGAGAGAAGACAAAGCCGAUGUCGCAGCAGCAGAGUCGUAGGAGCAGCAGCGGAGGCCGCAUUGAUGAGGGCAACAUGACGACCAGCGCGCCUCACCCCACCUACGUAAUACUGGGCUCCGGCGGCCACACGGCGGAGAUGUGCCGGCUGACCCAGGCGCUGCUACAACAGACAGACAUCGAACAGACGGAGAAGUACCAGCCAAUUAGACUGAUCCUGGCCAACAGUGACUCAACUUCCGAGCGCCAGUUCAGGCAGAUCAUGCCGCAGGCUGCCCAGAGUGCGGAAAUCGCGAAGGUGCCGCGCAGCCGCAACGUGGGCCAAUCCUGGCUGAGCAGUAUCUUCACCAGCCUGUGGGCGCUUCUCUGGAGCUGCUAUCUGGUUUGGCGUGAUCGCCCCCAGCUGAUCCUCUGCAAUGGACCCGGCACCUGUGUGCCCUUCUGCUAUGCCGCCUACCUGUGGCGCCUCCUCGGACGCCUGCCCUCGCACUCCAGGAUCGUGUUCGUGGAGAGCUUCUGCCGCGUGGAGACGCUGUCGCUGAGCGGACGCCUGCUCCUUCCGCUGGCGGACCUCUUUGUGGUCCACUGGCCGGCGUUGGCCACGCGCUAUGUGGAUAAAAAGAACGUGCGAUAUUUUGGGCGAAUCCUGUAACAUGUUUUUAAUAAAACAAAAAAUUUUUGAAGUA